AUGUAUGUUACUCAGACCGUUAACACAAUUCAUGGAUGUGUGUUAUCAGACCGUUAUCGCAAUUCAUGGAUGUAUAAUGCUGAGAGCGUUAAUCACAAUUCAUGGAUGUAUGAUACUCAGACCGUUAAUACAAUUCAUGGAUGUAUGAUACUCAGACCGUUAACACAAUUCAUGGAUGUGUGUUACUCAGACCGUUAUCACAAUUCAUGGAUGUAUAAUGCUGAGAGCGUUAAUUACAAUUCAUGGAUGUAUGAUUUUCAGACCGUUAAUACAAUUCAUGGAUGUAUGAUACUCAGACCGUUAUCACAAUUCAUGGAUGUAUAA